CUUUAUACACCAAACAAAAACAAAGAGAAGAACCAAAAAACAAAACUUUUGAGAAUUAACUAAGAAUAAAUGGAAGAACAUCUAAAUCCAUUAGCUGUAACUCAUCUUCUUCAACACACACUAAGAAGCUUAUGUAGCCACGAAAAUUCCCAAUGGGUUUAUGCUGUUUUUUGGAGGAUCUUGCCCAGAAACUAUCCUCCUCCUAAAUGGGAUGGUCAAGGAGCUUAUGAUAGAUCAAGAGGGAACAGAAGAAACUGGAUCUUGGUUUGGGAAGAUGGAUUUUGCAACUUUGCAGCUUCUGCCGGGGAAGUGAUCUCCGGCGAGUGUAGCGGGGGAAGUGGCGGCUCGACGGCGUACGGAAAUAGUGCUUAUCAACAAUAUCAAGGGCUUCAGCCUGAGUUGUUCUUCAAGAUGUCCCAUGAAAUCUACAAUUAUGGAGAAGGGUUGAUAGGAAAAGUGGCUGCAGAUCACAGUCACAAGUGGAUUUAUAAAGAACCUAAUGACCAAGAGAUUAACUUCUUAUCUGCGUGGCAAAAUUCUGCAGACUCAUACCCUAGGACAUGGGAAGCUCAGUUUCAAUCUGGCAUUAAGACCAUUGCCUUGAUUUCUGUUCGAGAAGGUGUUGUCCAAUUAGGAGCUGUUCACAAGGUGAUAGAGGAUUUAAGCUAUGUUGUGAUGUUAAGGAAGAAGCUGAGCUAUAUAGAAAGCAUCCCUGGAGUACUUCUUCCUCAUCCUUCUUCUUCUGGUUACCCUUUCAUCAACACUUCUACUUCUGACACGUGGCAUUUCCCGGGAGUAGCUCCUCCUCCGUCGCAGCUUGAGUACCACCAACAGCGUAUCUACCACUCUGACCAGCACCACCACUUCUUGAUGGACCAACACCAACAGCCGAUGAAGAUAACACCGUCCAUGAGCAGCCUCGAGGCUCUUCUCUCGAAGCUUCCGUCGGUUGUACCUCCGGCCACGCAAGCGGGUUACUUCCCGUUUCACCACAAUGCUAAGGAAGAAAUGAGUCAAGAAGAUCAAAACGGCGCGUUUAGGGUUCAACCUAAUGAUUUGGUUGGUGAGGGUAGUAAUGAUACUAACAACAAUAAUUACAAAAAUAAUAAUGAUAUUUAUGACUAUAACAAUAAUUGCGACAGAGAGCAUAAGAUCGGUGGGUUUCUUAGGGAGGAUUAUUGAGUCUCUAAUAAAUCUCUCGUGUUUGCGUACAAUAAGUAUUAAUAAAUUGUACUAAGAAUUUUCCUGGUCUGACAUUAAAAUCUUAGAUUUUAUUACUUUUUCUCUUAGUUGGGAAGAUAAAUAAAUAUUAAGCUUUGUAUUGUAGUGGUAUGUAUGUCAUGUUUCUGACGUAGUACGUUGAUUUAGCGGUACUUGUGUAAAAUGGUUGCAGAUUCCAUGUCUUUUUGUUUUAAUUUAAGCAGAUUUCAUGUCUUG